UGCGCCUUUCGUGAAUUAAACUGUCAGAUUCCUGGUUUUGGUCUCGCCUCGAGGCUCUUAUAAGCCGCCGCGCGCCACCAGUGCGUGAUUGCAACCGUCUCAACCUAGUGAAUAUGUUAGCAUCCACUUUCAGCUGACACUUCAGGUGCAACGCAAGUGGAAUCUCCGUCACUUCGCUCCUAAGGAUAUGAGAUCCGACAGCGAAAAAAUCCAUGUUUGGCUGUGCGUCCUCAGCGGGCUGUUCAGAUUUACGGUGUCUUUUGAUGAGAGCACCAUCAUCAUACCAGACCCGGCACGCUUAGCUCGCGAGAUCAACUCUGCUCAAAACAGUUGGGUCGCAGAGGACUACUACGGAAGACCUGUGACCUUCGGAGACGUGCAAGAGUUGAUAAGUACAAACAUACCUCGACAUAGGCUUUCGAAAAUUGGACUGUCAAUCGAGUACGGUGCGGACACGGAAGCCUCCUCGGAUGCCCAACCCCCGUCGAAUAUCGAGAAGAUCUACGAUCCAGAGUUCCACAGUAUAAUGCCCAACGUACCCAGGAACUUCGACUUGAGGCGCUUUUACCCGUAUUGCAAGUCUUUGAACACCAUCAGGGACCAGUCCAUGUGUGGAUCUUGUUGGGCGGUGUCAGCAGCGAGCGUGCUUUCGGAUCGGCUGUGCAUAGCGUCCGAGGGGAAGGUGAACGUGUUCAUAUCGGCCGAGAGUCUGGUCACUUGCUGCAAGUCGUGCGGCAACGGCUGCAACGGUGGCAACCCCAUCAAAACCUUCAAACACUUCACCGAGAACGGAGAGAUCACCGGUGGAGACUACGGCUCACAAAUUGGAUGCAAACCGUACAGUAUGAAACCAAGAGACAACACCGCCACCAUGAACAUAGACUAUACAGAAGCGAAGAAAUGCGAAAAUAAGUGCACCAAUCCUAAAUACCCAAUACCGUUCGAAAAAGAGAAGCGGUACAAAACGAAAAACUACUACCUGUUUGACGAUAGGAAUACAACAAAAAUACAGUGGGAUCUCAUGCUUAAUGGUCCGCAAGUCGGUGCUUUUAUCGUUUACAGCGACUUCCUGCUUUAUUCUAAAGGUGUGUACAGACAUACGAAAGGGGUGGCUCUGGGCGGUCACGGAGUGAGGCUCAUCGGCUGGGGUCAGGAGAAGGGAGUCGACUAUUGGCUGGCCACGAACUCCUGGGGCACAGAUUGGGGACAGAAGGGGCUCUUCAAGCUCCGCCGCGGUGCCAACGAGUGUCUCUUGGAGGAGUUGGUAGUCGCCGGUGAGGUGGAUCUCGCCAACAUCCACGAUUCACCCACCACUUGAAUAGACUCCUAGUGGCUAUAGACAUGUAUAUGUGGUUUUACAUCAAAUUGAAUGGAUUUACCUAAAAUUA